UAUGUUUAGCUUUUUAAAAAAUUACCACAUCAAUUUUACAAUAAUUAAAAGCAGUGAUUUAAAGUAAUGAGUGGUGAUUGUACAAAUUUAUGGUUUUUAUAAAUUGAGUUCUCAAACCACACAGUUAUAAUAGGUAAAAGUUAUGUGUCUACAUGUUUAUUGUUGAUAAUGUGGGACAUCAUGAAGAGAGUUCAGCUCCAGAUGCAGAUUUCUCGUUUUUCCGGAGAAGACGAGAACCACAUCAAUAAGAAGCUACCAAAGGAAUUAUUGUUGAGAAUACUGUCGUAUCUGGACGUCGUCUCCCUGUGCAGAUGUGCUCAGGUGUCGAAGCUAUGGAACAUCCUGGCGCUGGACGGCUCCAACUGGCAGAAGAUAGACCUGUUCGACUUCCAGAGAGACGUCGAGGGUCCAGUGAUAGAGAAUAUCUCUCAGCGGUGCGGCGGCUUCCUCCGCACGCUGUCCCUGAGGGGCUGCGAGAGCAUCGGCGACGGAUCCAUCAAGACCCUGGCGCAGUCGUGUGCCAACAUCGAGGACCUGAACCUGAACAAGUGCAAGAAGAUCACCGACCAGUCGUGCCAGGCGCUGGGGAGGAGGUGCAGCAAGCUACAGAGGAUAAACCUGGACUCGUGCCCCAGCAUCACGGACGUGUCACUCAAAGCGCUCUCAGACGGCUGUCCCCUACUGACUCACGUGAACGUGUCGUGGUGUCAGUCCAUCACUGAGAACGGAGUGGAGGCGCUCGCCCGGGGCUGUCCCAAACUAAAGAGCUUCAUUUGUAGAGGUUGUAAGAACGUGAACGACCGCGCCGUGACGAGUAUAGCGACGCACUGCCCCGACCUGGAGGUGCUGAACGUACAGGGCUGCGAGAACCUGACGGACGAGUCCAUCUCGUCCCUGGGCGCGUCCGUCCGCCGGCUGUGUGUGUCGGGGUGCCCUCGCCUCACGGACCUGUCCCUGUGCUCGCUGGCGGCGCGCUGUCCUGACCUCACCACGCUCCAGCUGGCGCAGUGCAACAUGCUCACCGACGCUGGCUUUCAGGCGCUCGCCAGGAGCUGCCGGAUGCUGGAGAGGAUGGACCUAGAGGAGUGUGUGCUGAUCACGGACGCCACGCUCGUGCACCUGGCCAUGGGUUGUCCGCGCCUGGAGAAACUGACGCUCUCCCACUGCGAGCUGAUCACCGACUACGGCAUCAAGCAGCUGUCGAUGUCUCCCUGCGCCGCGGAACACCUCACAGUACUCGGUCUGGACAACUGCCCGCUGGUGACGGACGGCGCGCUGGAACACCUGGUGUCGUGUCACAACCUGCAGCUCAUCGAGCUGUACGACUGCCAGAUGGUCACCAGGAACGCCAUCAGGAAACUCAGGAACCACCUGCCUCAUAUAAAGGUGCACGCCUACUUCGCGCCGGUGACUCCGCCCGCGGCCGGCGCCGGCUCCAGGCCGCGCUACUGUCGCUGCUGUACCAUCAUAUAAGACGCGGGACGAGCGGAGACGGGAGACAGCACAUGUAUAGGCAACACUGGGCUUUAAAAUGGUUACUAGUUGAAAGUCGCUCUCGUCCGGGUGAGACCGCGGAGACUUGUGACGACUCGUUUAGGAAUAGUUUACACGAACCGAAUUGUGAUGAAGAGGACCAGCUCGGCGCGGACAGGGUCGGCCGGAGACAUACGGGAACACGGACUGCGGCCGGGAGGAGGCGCGGGGCGGGACUAGUGUCAUGUUUACAUAGGAUACGCUUCGUAUAUUAAUUUACAUAUUGACCUAACGCUAUCUCGUAAGUUUAUUUAAGUAAGUGUAUGUUUCAUUUCGCCCUCCACGACGUCUUCCCUUCCCAGGAAUUAUUAUGAUAAACGAACAUUAGUUAAUUAUCGAUGAUGUAAUCGAACCUGUAUUAAAGUAAUCGUAAUUUUUUUAUCUUAUUUGUGAUAUUAAUAUGACGCCAUAUUUUGGCGGGAAUCGUCCGCCAUCUUGACUCGUGUACAUAAUGUUUAUAUUUUGCAAUAAAACCAUAUUUUUAUUA